GUCAGUCAUCCAGAUGCCUGCUCACCCAGAGUCGGACUGUGCUGUUGCGUGGCGGAGAGCCCGGUUCUGAUCAUAUAUACGGGAUAAGAACACUAAUUGAUGUAGGUGGACCUCCAGUGAUCAACAGAUCGGCAACUACACUGUCCACUACUGCGAAAAAGAAUAAGAUGAGCGACCCGACAGACAACGCCGGAGCCAACUGGCACGUGAGCGACUGACAUAUUUACUACCAAAUCUUCGAGCUAUUCGCAGAGAUAUGACCAAACCAGCGCUUACAGUUAGCUUUUAACCAACUGCUUUUGGCACUGGAGGAGGCUCUACUCGUGCCAAAAUGUCCCGACUAUUGUCUUACAUCUCUGUAACGGAAUGGGCCCGCAGGAAUUUUGGCACCGGUUUUACGCAGCAGACCACAUAGUUUAAUCGACGUAGCUCGACCGAACACGGAACACAUGGACAAAGACUGCUCACACGUCUCGUAGUGAUGCUAUGAAAUCAAAUUGAGAAGAAAUCAGAAAAACGUCUUACUGGUUCCUCCCGAGAAGUGGAGCAGAUAAUCAACGGCGGGAUUCAAGUUUGGACCUCACCAAGUCCAAAACGACCUUCCCUUCCCAAACAAAGGAUCAUCUUACAUCUUAAAGCAUCUUCACAGACUCGCAUAGCGAGUCUGUGAGCAGGUGAGAGAGGGACACUGUCUGCCCCACUGUCCAGCGACACCAUGAGCUGGAGCUUCCUCACGCGGCUGCUGGAGGAGAUCCACAACCACUCCACCUUCGUGGGGAAGCUGUGGCUCACCGUGCUCAUCGUCUUCCGCAUCGUUCUCACUGCGGUUGGGGGAGAGUCCAUCUACUACGACGAACAGAGCAAGUUUGUCUGUAACUCGGGCCAGCCCGGUUGUGAGAAUGUCUGCUAUGACGCCUUCGCUCCUCUGUCUCAUGUCCGUUUCUGGGUCUUCCAAAUCAUCCUGGUUGCAAUGCCUUCUCUCAUGUACAUGGGCUACGCUGUCAACAAGAUUGCACGAUUAGAUGAGACAAAGGGUGGAUCUGCCGGAGUCAGAACUGGAGGAGGGGGCUACACUCACAGAAAACCCAGGAAAAUCUGCUUUGGAGCACGACAGCACAGAGGCAUCGAGGAAACUGAGGAGGACCAGGAAGAUGAUCCCAUGAUCUAUGAGGUGCCAGAGAUUGAACCACCAAAAAGGCCACGAGAUCCCCUGCAACCCACACCCAGACCCAAGAUCCGACAUGAUGGGCGUAAGCGUAUCCGAGAUGAGGGACUGAUGCGGGUCUAUGUUAUGCAGCUGGUGACCCGAACUGUGCUAGAGGCAGGCUUCCUUGCAGGCCAGUAUUUGCUGUAUGGUUUUCGUGUAAAACCAGUAUUUGUGUGCUCGGGGAAACCUUGUCCCCACAGCGUCGACUGCUUUGUUUCACGGCCUACAGAGAAAACAAUCUUUCUGCGCAUCAUGUAUGGAGUCACUGUGCUUUGCCUCACUCUUAAUGUUUGGGAGAUGCUCCAUUUGGGCAUUGGUUCCAUCUAUGAUAUUCUUCGACGCCGGCGCUGCCCACCUCAAGAGGAUGAGUACCAAUUGGGCUUACUGGGAACCAAUGGCGGAGUGGAGGGCUCUGUUGCUGGCACAGGGCCUGAAGCAGGUUCUGAAGGAGGGGUGGGUGGAGAUGGUGCUGCAGAUUACGUUGGCUACCCUUUCUCAUGGAACACCCCAUCAGCUCCACCUGGGUACAACAUUGUUGUAAAGCCAGAACAAAUGCCCUACACGGACCUUAGUAAUGCUAAGAUGGCAUGCAAGCAGAACAGGGCGAACAUUGCCCAAGAAGAGCAGCAGCAGUUUGGCAGCAAUGAAGACAAUUUUCCCACUGGAGGAGAAGCCCGUGUGGCUCUCAAUAAAGACAUGAUCCAGCAAGCUCAUGAGCAACUGGAAGCAGCCAUCCAGGCUUACAGUCAGCAGCACCGGGCAGAGGAACAGCUCGGAGAUAACCAGGACGACAAGCCUCAGAGUAACAUUAUCCAGGCCCAACCACAGCCUCAGCCUCAGAAAGAGCGCAAGCAUAGAGUAAGGCAUGGGAAAGGAGGCAGCAGUGGAGGAGGUAGCAGCAGUAACAGCAGCAGCAGCAAAUCAGGAGAGGGCAAGCCCUCCGUAUGGAUUUAACCCCACACACACACACUGACAUGUACUCUAAGCAUGUAUAUAUUACAGAACAAAUGAGGAGCGGUUGCACUCUUUCUUCAAUAUUCAAACACCACUGUGCCUUAAAGAAUCCUGCAAGCUGGAGAAGAUGUGUGUUUGUGUCUAAGGGUCUGUAAAAAAUAUCAUGAAAAUGUGAUGUUGCAGCUGACAAUAUGUUUUGUAUGGGCUAUCGCUGUCUAACUUGAAACAUCACACCAAACUAUGUUAGGCUACAGUCUGUCGUUUACACGUCUCGUUCUCCUCAAAGCAGAUCAUUGACCUCUGUUGUCUUCCUGUUCACACUUUCGGAGGGAUUUUCAGCUUUGAAAAAAAAUCUUUUGAGUCAUAAUGGGUUGUCUUGAAAUUAGAUGGAUCACUCAGAUUUGGCUGAGCUCAUUUUCUGCCUGCUCCUCUGCAAUUAAUAGAUCGGGAUCCUAACUCUUGGGACAAUAGAACAAAAUGACAGCGAAAUGAAGUAUCAGAUGGCCAAGUCAUCACUUUGUCCAAGCAAGCUAAUGCGAUGACUUCACACCGUUGUGACAAAAUCAAGGAACAUAAAUACAUGCAAUAACAUGAAACAUGUUUCAGUGGCAGCACCUGCAGCAGUGACGUUCAUCACCUUCCUGAUGGCUGUGUCCUGUCAGUCAUGUACUGUGUCCAGGCUUUCUACAGUGUCAUUUCAAAGUGUUUUAUGCUAUAACUUUCCACUCACUUGUUUGUUUCCUGUGCAAUUUUGAUAACACCAGCUGCUACUCAGGAACCGCUGAGUACAGCGGGUGAAUCUGAAAUUUCUAGAUUUGUUUUUGUUUUUUUUUUUUUUUUUUUUUUUUUUUUUUGUUAUUAGCAGGGUGCAAAAGCAGUCCACUUUUUAUACCUUAUUCCUCAACUUCUCAGUUCCUGUCUUUGGCUGUUCAUGGUUCUUGGACAAAAUAACUCAGCGUUCACUGUUGCUCCAUCUGCCUUGUUGUUGACUGCCCCCUGGUGGUAUUUUUUUAAUGGAGCUUUAUAUACUAGUCGAUGCCAGUGCUAUCUGCAUCUAGCAACACCUUACCCAGCUGUAGUGUUCCAUUUAUCUUGACAAAAUUAUGUCACUAAUGUCUUCCCAAAGCUACAAGUUCAUUAUUAGAUGCAAAAGGCUACAAUAUCAUCAAUUUGUAUUGAAAAAAAAAACCACAUUAAAAGCCAUUGCUAUAAUAUAGUAAGACCAAACACUGUUUGUGUGAUGCAAGUGUCAUUGCCAAGAUCUUUCCAGGCUGCUAUGAAGCCUGAUUGUUUGUAGCUUUGGAAUACUGUGGCCAUGAUACUUCAGCUGUGGAACUAUGCCUACGUGAGACCAACCCUUUUGUAAAAGUCACUUUUUUGUAUUACAGUAAGUGUAUUGCUUUUUGGAAUGGGAUUUGAAAUAAGAACUUAAAAACCUUGAGUUAGUUUUUAUGUUCAAGCCAGUGUUUUAUAUAAAAGGUCUCUUUUUUUCAAUGAAGUUCUUUUUUUGUAAAAUAACUGAAAAGAAAACAAGAUAUUUUAAAGAUGAAUUAGCUGUGUGAAUAUUUAUGGUUACUGUGAUUUAAAUUGCCUUUCAAUUGUAAAAAUGUGAAAUAUGACAUAGUAUAUUUUUAUAAUAUGUCAGCUAAAGUGACUAAAGAAAAAAGUAAGUCAGUCUUUGUUGCAGUAUAAGUAUUUAAUGUAUGUACCAACCCUCUCGGCUGAGUUUUGAUAAACAGUGUUCCUUUUCCAAUGUUGUUCUGAGAUCUGCAUAACAGCUGUGUGUGUUGAGGCAGACUGGCUGAUGAAAGGUCAUAAAGUGCCAAAUUACUCAAACCAUUCCUAGUUUCCCGAACAGGCUGCAAAAGCAUACUCAAAUCUGGGGGGGAAAAAAUGCACUUUUUGUUGUUGAUUAAAAAAAUAGACAUCUUUCUCAGCUGAAAAAAACAUCACAUGGGAAGAUAUAUUAAAAAGUGCAUAAUGCCGGGGGUUCUUAUACACACAGAUGCUGUGUAAUACAGAGUGGGUUUCAGAAGAAAGACUCCACGUGUCUCCAGCUAGAAGCAGUCAGACAUAAAUCAUCAGAAAUACUUCAGUCAGCUGUUCCCGAAACAGUGAUUGACACUGAUUCCAAUAAGCCACAGGUGAUUCACUGAGAGUCACUGUCAGUCUUUUCCUGAAGACCAAUCAGUUCUCAUUAAAUUCUUUCUCAGUAAGCAAAAGUUUCUAAGUUAUUUACUAUUGUAUGAAGAGAUGAAAUAGACAACAUGGAUUACGGGCAGAUGAUGACUCUCGGCAGUUAGACCCAGCUGGGGCCACAAGAGGGCAACUUCCUGUCAAAGGAGCAGACUCUUCAGAGAGCGAGGAAAAGGCGAUAUGGGGAGGUGCUGCCAGGGUACUCAAAGACUCCAUCUGCUAAAUUCUGUCUCCCUUGCAGCUUGGCCUCACAUCUUCAAAACUAGGCUAGACUGUUAAGCUUAGACGCUUGUUUUUAUGGGAAAGUGGAGAAUUUGGGCAGCUAUCCAGGUCAGAAGAAUUACCCUGUGGCACUGUUACGUACUUGUCUUGCCCUGCUCUCUUUUGUCCAUUAAGUGACUGAGAAAUAAAAGGAGUAGAAUGAGUAAAAUGGAAAGUGUGCUCAGUGUUCAGAAAUGGUUUUAACAGAUUUUUAUUUUUUAUUUUUCCUGGAAUUUGUGCUCCUCUACAUUUUUCCUGUCCUGUCCUGUGGAAACCACUUCCUCAAAUCGUUGUGUGGGAAAAAAACAACAAAAGUAAACAUAGUACAAGCCAUGUCUAUCUGAUAUGACAGCGUUUGUUUCAAGCUUAACCACAAUGUGUUUUACAAGAUAUAAUAAUAAGCAAGGGUUUUGCUAAAGCCAUAACAAGGGUUUGUGCAUUUAGAGUCAUGUAAAAAAAUAUAAAACAAAAUAAAACAAAAAGAAAGCACACCCUCUUCAAAUUCUAAUGUUUUAUGUAUCAGGACAUGAAAUAUUGCCUGGUCCACCAAGGUAAUACAUGCAGUCUCAGGUGAGCAUAAACACAUGAAAUGUUGCACUGUCUUAAUUUAUUUAACAACAUUGUCUGUUUAGUAUGUGCUGAAAUGUAAAAACUAAGAAUUCAAAGAGGGUGUAUUUCCUUUUUCUUUAUGACUGUUUGUAUGAUCAACAAAUGAAGCUAAUCUGUAUUUAUAAGCUUUUUUUUGUCCAUAAAUUUAACUGUUUGAUUCUUCAAAACAAAAGAAUACACAGCAUUAGAUCACAAAAACUUUGAGACGCUUAAUUUCAAAUAAAAAAUAUGCAUUUGGACAGUUUUGCAAGAGGUAACAAUUUAGUUUUCAUGAAAUAUAGGAAUCAAAUAUAACUGAGUACAACAGGAUCAGUAGCAAAACUUGGUAACAUUAAGAAGAAGUUAGCUUGGUAUUUUGAACAAAUGCAACUUUAAGGCUCCUUCUCUUCUAUGCUUCAGGUCUGCUUCCAAAGCCCUGCAGAGGGAGUAUCAUGCAUGUGCUGGCAAGUACCCAUGGCAACUGUAAAAGUGGUAGUGAUUGACACUAGUAAGCCUCUGACUCUGACUGCUGGUGCAUUGUAAGCACAAGGAGAAGCUGAGGAGCCUGAUUCUUUCAGAUAUUGUCAUCUUCAUACUUUAGUGUCCAGGCACAGUGACAACUUCAGCAAAGCAAUUCCCAGACUAUUAUUCUGUUGUGAUUUAUCUCUAUACUGUACAUGAACGCAGUAAGAGUUAAAAAUGGUUGUAGCAGAUGAAGUCUUAAGCAACUGUUAACUCAGAACAUUGUCUGUAAGGAUGAAAGACUGUAGAAAGGUUGUGUUGUUUCCCUUCAUCUUUCUUAUUGUAAAUCCUGCCAGAUGUGUCAAUAAUACCAGUUGUAUUACCAGUACAAUUUCAGAUUCAUAUAUGUGUUUGUGUGUUUGUGUUUUUUUCCAAGCUUUUUGUAAUAUGUACAUUUCUUUGAGUGCCAUUCUGGUAUCCCCUAGCUGAGAUCUUUUUCAUAUUCUUUGACGGAACAGUUGAUAUGCAUGCAAAAAGGGCCUAUUUUCCUACAAAAAAUAAAUCCAAAAUACAUAUAGAAAAGUGUCAUGCAUCUUUUGUUUAGGGUCAUUUGCAAGACGAAGGAUAAUAGGAAUGAAAAGG